CUGGCGUAAUUUAAAUAUGCUGUCCAGCUGCUCGCGCUUCUUGAACACGUUGAUAAUAAAUUGCUGUCAUGCCGACUAUUUACCGUGGAACGAUUGUACAUACGAAGGCUUUCGAUGACUUCGAGUCCUUUGAAAAUGGAUUCUUGGCCGUAGCUGAGGAUGGCAAGAUUAUUGGCGUGGGCAACGACUACGACUCUUGGCUGUCCAGCAACAAGUUGAGCCCCACGGAGCUGUCCGUGGUGCGUCUGUCGGAGAACCAGUUUUUGAUGCCGGGAUUUGUAGACUGCCACAUACACGCACCGCAAUACGCGCAGUAUGGCCUAGGACUGGACAUGCCACUGCUGGACUGGCUCAACACGUACACGUUUCCUCUGGAGGCGAAGUUCUCCGACCAGAGCUAUGCCCUUAAAGUCUACAAGAGCGUUGUCGAAGCAACGAUACGCUGUGGAACCACUUUGGCCUCCUAUUUCGCCACCAACAACCUUGAAUCCACACUGAUAUUGGCACGGGAAGCAGCUCGCCAAGGCCAGCGGGCGCUGAUCGGUAAAGUAUGCUCCAAUUGCAACAGCCCCGACUACUAUGUGGAAACGACAGAGGAGUCGACAAAGGCGACGGAAACAUUCGUUGGGAAGUUGCAGGGUCUCAAGAGCCCCCUUGUGCUUCCAACGAUAACGCCACGGUUUGCACUCAGCUGCAGCAAAGAACUCUUGAAGGAGUUGGGCGACAUUGCAAAGCGUCUGGACGUCCAUGUUCAGAGUCACAUCAGUGAGAACCUUGCAGAGGUGGAGGUAGUGAAAGGCAUUUUCAAAACCAGUUAUGCUGGGGCCUACGACGACGCUGGCCUGCUAACCAAAAAGACUGUGAUGGCGCACGGCGUACAUCUCGAGGACGACGAAAUUGCACUCCUGAAGCAGCGCGGUACAUCCAUUGCACAUUGCCCCGCAUCGAAUACGAUGUUGAGCUCCGGGCUGUGCGACGUCCAGCGCCUGAUUAACGCCGGCGUAACUGUCGGACUCGGAACAGACGUGUCGGGGGGGAACUCUGUUUCCAUCCAAGAUGCCUUGCUGCGCGCCUUGGAUGUGUCCAAGCACUUGGAUUUCUUCAAGAAGCAGAACAUUCGCGGCACGGGCGAAGCCAAAAGCCCCGAUCCGAAGUAUGUCCAGCUGAAGUACAAGCAGGCACUCUACUUGGCCACACUUGGUGGCGCCAAGGCCCUCUCUCUCGACCAUCUGACGGGCAACUUUGUCCUGGGAAAGGAAUUUGAUGCCCUGCUGGUGGAUGUCAGCGUCGUGGAGAAACCAGUGCGUCCGCUCAACGUCAAUGAGCUCCUCGAGAAAUUCAUUUACACUGGCAACGAUCGAAAUAUAGUAGAGGUCUUCGUGGCCGGCAAACGAGUCAAAACACCCGAGUCAAAGUAGGGAAAUCGGAAUGUAAGGUAACAGUUGCAUUUCACAAGGAAACGAAUAUAGAGAAUUUAUUAUCUUGCGGACAAAUCGUAAAUGCUGAAACGAAACUUCGCUUCUAAAUAACAUAUAAUCUAUAUAUAUACUCAUUUAUGUACACUUGGAGGAUUGCCAUGGAGUCAACACUAACAGUUUCAAAUACACCUUGUACAUUUCAAAACA